UAUUGUGGCCGAAAGCUGUAUUUUUUCUGGAAGGAAAUAAAAAUCUUUUGGGAGUUUUCUUGGCGAGAUUGCUAAAAUAUUUUGUUUAAAAUAAUAGCUAACGCGUAGUAGGCUUCGAAAAUCCUGGUUUGUCAAAAAUGUCUUCUAUAAAACCAACAUCUGCUACUGCAAAAGUUGCACCCGCUUCUGGUGAAGCGGCUCCAGCUUCUGCAGCAGCCAAAGCUCAACUCGAAGAAUCGACAGAUUACACUUUGGACACAGAAUUUUUCUAUUACUGUGCCGUAUUGCAAGAGUCUAUUCCAGCCUUACGGAAUCCAGGACAUCAAGAACUGGCGAAUAAAUGGCUCACAAAACUGUCGGAACCUUCGCUGAACAUGAAAACUCUAAGAGAGAAACGUAAUCGCUUCCUAAUGAUGUUGUGUAUUUGUUUGUGUAGUGCGACUCUUCAAUUGCCUUUCUUGGCGAUUCCCGCCGGGAAGCUUCCCGAGUUGACCUCCAUCAAAAAGCCCAAAUUCGACCCACCAGCAUGGCAAGUCAGCACAACCGAGUGGAAGGAACAUCUAGCUAUGUUAGCUGAGCUAGCGAAGAAACUAAAACUGGCCCCAAUUCGCAAGUGCCAAACUCACGCCAAGCAGUGCACGGGUGGAAAGGACGCACGUGGAACUUUUCUCGAUCGUCAGUUCGAAUUUUUCUUGCAUCUCGCUCGGACUUACAUGCAAUCGAUGACGGUCUAUCCGGCUAAUCGAAUGGCCUGCCGAUGGGUGGAAGCGCUCAGCCAGAUCGAUCGUAAUUGCUGUAUUCGUGCCAAAGGCAUUCGCAAUGACUACGCUCUAGUGCUUACGGGUUACCUGCUGCAGCAUCAAGUUAAGGGUCCCUUCAGAGUACUACCUAGCCAUCCGCUCGAGCCACUUGUAGACGCCGCUAGGAAAGUGGCCGCUAACAAGCCGGUAAAUCGAAUCGACGAAAUAGCGUUCAAUGAAAAGGGAGAUUUCCUGAGUAACUUUCCGCUGCCGGAGGAAGGCGCUUUUGCGUUUAUUUCGCUCAGUUCGGAUAUGAUGCAGAAGAUGGGAAGUUUGACUACAUCCUGAACAUGGGGCUGCGACUAAUGAGCAUUCAAAAAUUUUGAUGAUUUAUCUUACUCAAAUGAAGUUUCAAUAUAUUUAAUUUACUUUUUGUUUGUACGUCUAAAUUUAAAUAUCGACUAACACAGAAU